GUGGGCACAGCUGCUUUAGAAUCAGAGAUGAAGGAAAGAAGGAAAACAAAUCCAGAAUUGCUAUGUGAAAGCCUUGCUGACAUGUAAUGCUGUCAGAACAUUUAUAAAGAGCAGAAAUCCUAUUCAGUGUCAAUCAGGAUGAAUAUUUAAACAGCAGUCUUCAGUCUUGCUUCAAAAUGUCCCUGUGUGCAUCCUCUCACAAGGAUUUUUCUCAGUUGCUGCCACUUCAGGAUGCUGGAUGCAAUAAGACAGAAAUUAAAACCUCACCUACUAGCAUCAUCUCUCCAGUUCCCUACAGUUGUAAUCAGUCCACGCUGACAGCAGAGCACAGUCCAGUCUAUAUUCCCUCAUCUUACAUGGAAACCAGACAUGAAUAUUCUGCAAUGGCAUUCUGCAGUCCUGCUAUGAUGAAUUACAACAUUUCCAGCAAUUUUGGUGAUUCGGAGACUGCAUCCACAAGGCAAACGUCAAGCCCCAAUGUGUUAUGGUCUGCUCCUAGCCAUCUCUCCCCUCUGACACUGCACUGUCAGUCAUCGCUUCUGUAUGCAGAGCAGCCAAAGAGUCCAUGGUGUGAAGCAAGACCAAUGGAGCCUGUUCUACCUGUGACCAGAGAAACAUUGAAAAGAAAGACUAAUGGCAGUGACUGUACAAGCCCAAUUGCAAAUACUCCUGGCUCAAAACGGGAUGCUCACUUCUGCGCAGUCUGCAGUGACUAUGCUUCAGGAUACCACUAUGGGGUCUGGUCAUGUGAAGGCUGCAAAGCAUUCUUUAAAAGAAGUAUUCAAGGACAUAAUGAUUACAUCUGCCCAGCUACCAAUCAGUGCACGAUAGAUAAAAACAGGCGCAAAAGCUGCCAGGCGUGCCGGCUACGGAAAUGUUAUGAAGUGGGAAUGAUGAAAUGUGGCUCAAGAAGAGAACGUUGUGGAUAUCGGAUCCUGCGUAGCCAUCGUAAUUCAGAAGAUCACAUGCAUUGCAUUGGCAAAGCUAAGAAAUACAGUGAGACGGCAACCCGUGUAAAAGAGAUCCUGCUCAGCACAGUCAGUCCAGAGCAAUUUGUUUUGACUCUACUUGAAGCAGAGCCUCCCAACGUGCUGGUGAGUCGUCCCAGCAAACCAUUCACUGAGGCCUCUAUGAUGAUGUCCCUGACAAAACUGGCAGACAAAGAGCUGGUUCACAUGAUUGCUUGGGCCAAAAAAAUUCCUGGCUUCAUUGAUCUCAGCCUCUAUGACCAAGUAAGACUCUUGGAGAGUUGCUGGAUGGAAGUUUUAAUGGUUGGUUUGAUGUGGAGAUCAAUUGACCAUCCUGGGAAACUGAUUUUUGCACCAGACCUUGUAUUAGACAGGGACGAGGGAAAAUGCGUAGAGGGAAUUUUGGAGAUCUUUGAUAUGCUUCUGGCCAUGACCUCAAGGUUACGAGAGCUGAAACUGCAGCACAAGGAGUAUCUGUGUGUCAAGGCAAUGAUCCUCCUCAAUUCCAGCAUGUUUCCCCUGUCAGGAGAAGAACCUGAGAGCAACAGGAAACUGCAUCACCUGCUUAAUGUGGUCACAGAUGCUUUGAUGUGGGUUAUCGCGAAGAGCGGAAUCCCCUCACAGCAGCAGACCACUCGCCUGGCCAACCUGCUGAUGCUCCUCUCUCACGUCAGACAUGCAAGUAACAAGGGAAUGGAGCAUCUCCUGAGCAUGAAGUGUAAAAAUGUCGUCCCAGUGUAUGACUUGCUGCUGGAGAUGUUGAAUGCGCACACUCUCCGAGGGCAAAGGAAGUCUCCAGCCACGCAUCCUGAAUUUGGCCCGUUAGAACAAAUGGAGACUGGAGACAGUCUGCGGAAUGGGGCAGCCCAGUAA